AUGGCUCCCUCACGGAUAUCACCAGAGCCUCCAUUGGAGCCCACGCAGGGCCUCACGCCGAAACAGCUCGCCUCAUUCGAGCGCAACGGCUACCUCAUCAUCCCAGACUACCUCUCCGCCCUAACAUGCCAGAGCCUCCUCUCCAGAACGCACCAACUCCUCACUGACUUCCCUCUCGCCGACCACCCCAUGACCAAAUUCACGACCGGCACCGACUCCCACGGCAACAGCACCUCCAAGGAACACGUCGGGGACGACUAUUUCCUCACCUCAGGCGACAAGGUCCGGUUCUUCUUCGAGGAGGACGCAUUCGACGCCGAGACCGGCACGCUCAACAAACCCAAAGAACAGGCAGUCAACAAGAUCGGCCACAACCUGCACGGCUUGGUGCCCGAGUUCGGCGACGUAUCGCACGCCGGCGCCAUCGGACGACGCAAUGCCGCGAUCGCGCGCGACCUCGGCUACCGCGACCCUCGCCUCCUGCAGAGCAUGGUGAUCUGCAAACAGCCUGAGAUUGGCGGCGCGGUACCCCCGCACCAGGACUCGACGUUCCUGUACACGAACAAGCCGUCGGCCGUGGGAUUUUGGAUCGCCCUCGAGGACGCGACCGUGCAGAACGGAUGUCUGAGUUUUGCGCCGGGGAGCCAUCGCAGGGCGCCUAUCAGGGAACGUUUCGUCAGGAAGGCUGAUAACUCGGGAACAACGUUUGAGGCCGUGCCGGAGGAGGAGGCGCAGUGGCCGAGGGGGUUCCAGCACGAGACUGAAUCACAGCCUCAGCCUCCGCAUGAAGAAUAUACUCUCGGCGAAGUCAAGGCCGGCAGUCUGGUGCUCAUCCACGGCAACAUCCUGCAUAAGAGCGAGAAGAACACGAGUCCCAAGGGACGGAUCAUCUACACAUUUCACAUUAUCGAAGGGGAGGAGCAUUACGACGGGAAGAAUUGGUUACAAGUCCUUGGAGGCCCCGCCGCGUUCACAAAGCUGGACGGCAUGGUCGACACACUGACAUGA